AAGAUUUUCACAACAAUGCUACUAAUUGUAGCAAUUACAUUUCUCAGUUUUAUUGAAGGUUUUAUGACGCAACAUCAUAAUGUUGAAAAGAAGGCUUUUUUGGAAGUAGUGUUUGUAGUUGAUGGAUCGGGAUCUAUUGGAAAAGAAAAAUUUGCAAUAAUGAAGGAAUGGCUUGUAAAUCAAACAGUAAAAAUAUAUGAAGCUUUUGGAGACUCUGCACAUGUUGGAGUAUUACAAUUUUCAGACAAGGACAAUCCAUGGGACGGGGUUUCGAUUAAAGAUUCAAAAAAGUUUGUUAUUCCAUUUGUGCUGGGAGAAUGCGUGAAUAAUGCAUCCUGUUUCACACCAAGGAUUAUGAACAUGCCAUACUUGAAUUCGGCAACUUACACUUACUAUGCACUACGGAGAGUAAUGGAGGUGGAAUUUCCAAAAUCUCGGAGUUUCACCAUUUCCAAAAAGACAGUGAUUGUUGUGACUGAUGGCGAAGCGAAUGAUCAUGCUUUCCUUCGUGGCUGGCAUGAUAAAUACAAAGAUGCGGUGACCGCGAUUGCAAUAGGAGUUGGGAAUUAUGAAAAGUUUUUGAGUCAAUUGCAAAUUAUCGCAAACGGUGGCACGGGGAACGACAGGGUUUUUACUUUAAGUGGUUUCAAUGAAUUGCAAAAGCAUUCUUCAGAUUUGAUAACUACUCUCAUUAAAUCAACAGAUCUGAUAUGGAGUUCGUGGUCAUCUUGCUCAACAUCGUGUUCACCUGGUAUUCAGAUGCGAACAAUUACUUUCCGCAAUGCAACAGGAACAUUGAAUGGAAGCGUUAUUGUAAAUCAGGUAAACUAA